AUGAUAGAUGUCUGUGAAGGCACAAUUGAGCUAAACCUUGGGAAGGACCUAAAGAUGAAGUUUGACAUCAAGGAUACAUUGAGGAAGCCAACAAUAGAAGGCAACUCUUUUAUUGAAGAAAUGGAUCAGUUGGCGGAUGAGCUUUUAGGAAGAACUAUCAUUGGAAGAUCCACAAGUUGCUCUAACCAAGGAUUCCAGAAGGGUAUAUGCUCAGAAACCGAGGAAUAUUCGAAGCUCCUUGACACCUUCAGACCGGUUCCAAGCAUUCUGAGCAUUGAGGGGUUAGACAGACCAGUUUGCGAAGUCAUGGCAGUGAGCUCGAUCAAGACUCGAUCGAGCCCGAGGGGCCUCAGGUAUGCAUUUCUGGGUGAAAACUCGACCUACCCGGUGAUUGUGAACUCUGAGCUGAAUGCUGAACAAUUGGAUCAAUUGCCUGUUGAAUUGAGAAAGUACAGGAAAGCCAUAGGCUAUACUCUAGAUGAUAUCAAGGGGAUCUCUCCUGACCUAUGCAUUCAUAGGAUUCAUCUAGAGGAUGAAAGUAAGUCUAGCAUUGAGCCUAAAAGGAGAUUGAACCCCAAUCUGAAGGAAGUAGUGAAGAAAGAGAUACUCAAGUUGCUUAAUGCUGGGAUAAUUUAUCCUAUUAGUGAUAGCACUUGGAUAUCUCCGGUUCACUGCGUCCCAAAGAAGGGAGGAAUCACUGUCAUAAAGAAUGACAAAGAGGAGCUGAUCCCCACUAGAACAAUAGUGGGGCAUCGCAUGUGUAUAGACUACAAGAAGUUAAAUUCUUGGUUUCUUCCAAACUCAAAUGAUCAGGAGAAGACAACUUUCACAUGCCCUCGCAUAUCGAAGGAUGCCAUUUGGGCUGUGCAAUGCCCGAGCUACAUUCCAGAGAUGCAUUGUAAUAUCCCGCAUCAGAGCGGAAUUUUAGUCGCACGAUCCCAAUCCCAAUGGUCCGGAUGGGAUGAACAACUCUGA